CUUACGAAAACCAGUUAUCAAACGGAUGAGCAUAAGAGAGAGAGAGAGAGAAAGAGAGAAAUUGUUAAAGAUUGUCAAGAUUUGAAGAUUCAUAAGAUUGGAGUUUCGUAAAAAUGGCAAAUGAUAUUCUCAGCAAUGGUCGUUUACGAGAAAACACUGUUGUACAACGAACAAGAAACGAUCGAGGCAAUCGAGCACCAGACAUAGCAGCAAUAGAGAGUCGCAAUUGGUUGCUACAUCGACAUUACACGAGACACGAGUACAGCGCUUGCAAACUACUCAUUGAGCAGGAAUUAAUGAAAUCCAAUGGUCACGAAUACGCCAAUUAUUUAAAGGGUUUAAUUCUUCGAAAGGAGGGCAAGAUUCAAGAUUCGUUGGAUUGUUUUCAAACCGCAUAUAACGUGAAUUCGACAAACAUCGAUAACGUUAAACAGAUAGCAAAAUCGCUACUGAUAAUGGGAAGUCACAAACGCGCGAUAGAUGCAUAUGCGGAAGUUGAAAAGAUAUCUGUUCUACCAGAUUGGGAAAUGUAUCAUGGCCUUGGCGAGGCUUAUGUAAAAUUGAAUCAAUUACAAGAGGGCAAAAAAUAUUUUAAAAAAUCAACGGAAUUAACCAAAAAUGAAUUGCCCAAUAUUGAUCUCGCGAGACUCUAUCUCUUAGACGACAUGAUUCCAGAAGCUAGAAACGCUUAUACGGCAGCUUUGAAUGGGAAUCCCCAGAGUAUAGAUGCAGCGACAGAACUGGGUCUCUUAUAUCUUAGAAUCGGAGAUACGCAACGAGCAUUUCAGCAGUUUGGAGCAGCUUUGGCUCAUUCGCCUAAUUGCGUCAAGGCAAUCUUGCCUAUGGCUUAUGUAAUGCAGAGUCAUCGAGAGUACGAUGUGGCCUUAUCGAAAUAUAAAAUUGCGUCACAGACCAUUCCAGAAUCUUCGAUCCUUUGGAACAACAUUGGAAUGUGCCUUUACGCGAAACAAAAAUAUGUUGCGGCUAUUAGCUCGUUGAAACGAGCACAUUAUUUGAAUCCAAUGUCUUGCAUCCCGUCGUGUAACCUAGGAAUCGUUUUUCUCACCACUGGACAGCCUGCAUCAGCCGCGAUUUACCUACCUAUGCCAUAUCUGUUAUUGGGUUUGGCUUUAAAACGUUUGGAUGAUCUGGAAGGUGCCGAAAGAUCAUUGACGAAAGCACACGCAUUAGCUCCUCAGGAUCCAUUAAUUUUGAUCAAUUAUGCUGUAGUACUCGAUGCUCGCGGGAAACAAGCUGAUGCCGCUGAAAUUUUAACAGCGCUCAACGACAUUAUGGCUGUCGUUGAGGUCGAUGCGCAGAUAUCACAAAUGGCAAACAAGUUAUUAAAGAGAUUACAACGCGAGAAAACGGAAUCAACUACCGGUCAAGAAGUAUCAACGGAAAAAUAUGAAAAGCGACAAUUGAGCCCUGACGAAGUUUAAAAAUCAUGUCAUUCAUCGCGCGAUAACACGAAAGUGUUCGUGUUAUUUGCAGAGAUUUUAUGAAAAAGAGAAUCAAAGAGAAGAAUCUUUGCAAUUACUCAUUUCUAUUGGAGAGUG